AUCUCUCUCUUAUCUCAGUACUCUGCACUAUCUUUUCAAUCUCCGGCAACAGAAAUCCAUUUUUCCGGUAUCAUGAAAUCCUCAUCUUCUUCAUCGUGUUUAACUUCCUUGACGUUCAAUGUUCGAAGGCGUGAACCGGAGCUGGUUUCACCGGCUAAACCUACACCUCAUGAAUUCAAGUAUCUCUCAGACAUUGAUGACCAAGAGGGUCUACGGUUCCAUAUUCCGGCGAUACAGUUCUACAAGAAUGAGCCUUCGAUGAGAGGACAAGACCCUGUGAAGGUCAUAAGGAAGGCAAUUGCUGAAGCUUUAGUAUUUUACUACCCAUUUGCUGGUAGACUCAGGGAAGGGCCUGGAAGGAAGCUGGUGGUGGAAUGCACCGGCGACGGUGUAAUCUUCAUCGAGGCCGACGCCGAUGUAACGCUGGAGCAGUUCGGUGAAGCACUUCAACCACCAUUCCCUUGCCUGGAGGAGCUCCUUUACGACGUUCCCGGAUCGGGUGGUGUUCUUGGUUGCCCUCUGUUACUGAUUCAGGUGACACGUCUUAUGUGUGGUGGGUUCAUUUUUGCCCUCCGGUUGAACCACACCAUGAGCGACGCAGCCGGUUUGGUCCAGUUCAUGUGCGCCGUGGGUGAAAUAGCACGCGGAGCACGGACUCCCACUUUGCCACCUGUAUGGAAGAGGGAACUCCUCACCGCAAGGGAUCCACCACGUGUCACAUUUUUACACCGCGAGUAUGAUGAGGUGGCUGAUACUAAAGGCACACUCAUCCCUCUUGAUGACAUGGCCCACCGAUCUUUCUUCUUUGGCCCGGCUGAGGUGGCUGCCUUGCGUAAACACGUGCCUCCCCACCUCCACUCGUGUUCCACAUUUGAGGUGCUAACGGCUUGUCUUUGGCGAUGCCGCACAAUAGCUAUCCAGCCCGACCCGGAUGAGGAUGUACGUGUGAUUUGUAUAGUCAACGCACGUGCCAAGUUUCAACCGCCAUUGCCGGUCGGAUUCUAUGGCAAUGCGUUUGCUUUUCCGAUUGCGAUAUCCCCGGCGGCAAAAUUGUGUAAUAAUCCGUUGGGAUACGCGUUGGAGCUGGUGAAGAAAGCGAAAGGUGAAGUGACUGAGGAAUACAUGAGAUCGUUGGCGGAUUUAAUGGUUAUGAAGGGGAGGCCCCACUUUACGGUCGUGAGGACCUAUCUGGUUUCGGAUCUAGUACAUGCCGGGUUUGGAGCAGUGGAUUUCGGGUGGGGAAAUGCGGUAUACGGUGGGGCAGCAAAGGGAGGUGUCGGGGCAAUUCCAGGGGUGGCGAGCUUCUACAUACCGUUCAGGAAUCAUAAAGGAGAGGAUGGGAUAGUGGUGCCGGUUUGCUUGCCUGGGCCGGCGAUGGAAAGGUUUGUGACGGAGAUCGAGGGCAUGAUUAAGGAGCCUCCCGUUGAUCAGAUUGACAAUACUAAGACCACCUUCAUCAUAUCUGCUAUGUAAAAUAAUGAU